AGGUCUUGUCAAAUGCAGAGAUGCAGGUGAAACUGCGAGAGUAGCAUCGUCUGCAUUUGAGACAGGAAAAAAGCUGCAUCCCAGAAAACAGGAGCAAUAUGUAAUCACGGAUAUACAAAAAAAGUCUACAAAAAGGGUCCGAUAAAAAUAGAGUGCUUUUGGAGAAAGUUGCAAGCAAAACAACUCCUUCAGCGGAUUCGAGGAAUUCUUCUUUGGUCAUUUAUUGAUUGAGCACAUCUAUCAAACAAUUUGACUUUAUGAUCAAAAACUGGUCACAAAUUAUGCACUGAAUCUAUGCAAAACAAGAUCAAGGAAACAUGUAUUACAUCAUGUGGGUAAUUUGUGAGUCUCCAGACACAAGAUAGCCACAUAUAAGAAUUCCUUUGUGUAAAUUAUUUUUAGGCUUUUGCUCAAAGGGAGUACAAAUUUAAUACUUUGAGUCAGCAGUUGUGAUCUUUUUUUAAUAAAGCAAUUUGUUGUGGGUUGAGAAGGAGCACCACCUCCUCCCCCGCCCAUUCAGUAUUAACCAAUGGAGAGGCUAUGCAGAGGAAAGAGUUACUUGUAAAGAAAGAUCCGCACAGUGAUUGAUUGUUGGAGAAGCAUUCAUCUCAGACUUGUCAGACCCAUGAAAAUUGGACUUAACUUUUUUAUUGUAAAAGUAGCUAGAAAUAAAUCUUCUUCCAUGCUGUUAGAUUACAGAGAGAUAAGAUCUGGAUUAUUUUAAACAGAUUAUACAUCUACUGAUUUCCAUAAAAGGUGGAUUAAACAAGAGCUCAUCUUGGAUUGUCUUACAUUUUUUGGCUACGUAAGAAGAAGAAGAAGAAGAAGGAAAUAUGGUGAACAUUAGAGCUAGUUCUGUAUUUUUUUGGGUAUUUCUGUUGUCCCUGAUUGGAGGAGGGCUGGCUCUUGAAUUUGCAGGAGCUCCAGGACAAUGGGCUAGAUAUGCUCGUUGGGAGGCUGGCUCAAUGGGAGAACUAAGCUUCAGUCUUAAAACGAACAUCAGCAAAGCACUGGUGCUGUACCUAGAUGAUGGAGGAAAUUGUGACUUCCUGGAGCUCCUGAUUGUGGGUGGGCGACUGCAGUUGCGUUUUGCAAUCUCAUGUGCGGAACCAGCCACUGUUCAUUUGGAUACAUUUGUUAGUGAUGAUCGUUGGCACAUGGUACUUCUGACUCGUAACUACAGAGAAACAAUGCUGGUGGUUGACAGUGAGGCCAAAGUAGCAGAGGUUAAAUCUAAGCGUAGAGAUAUGUCUGUAGUUAGUGAUCUCUUUGUAGGGGGUAUCCCUCCUGAUGUGAGGCUUUCAGCUCUUACCUCAAGUACUGUCAAGUAUGAACCCCCCUUCCGUGGUUUAAUUGCCAACCUGAAAGUGGGUGAAACACCUCCUACUCUACUAAGCAGUCAGGGGAUUCAGAGUGACUCGGAGUAUCUGUGCGCCAAGCAGAACCCAUGCAUGAAUGGAGGACUGUGCUCUGUAUUCAACGGCGAAGUUCGGUGUGACUGUACUUUGACCAGAUACCAUGGGAAGUUCUGCAAUGAAGGUAAGGAGACUUUAUGGAUUAUUUGUAUAUCUUUUUGA